AUGGAAAAAACCAAUUUUGACACGCUGCCACAACAAGACUAUGAGUUAACAGAUGUCGAGAUUCAACAAUUGAAGGUAAGCGAUUUUUUUAGAUGGGUGGAGGGGAUUUAAAUUUAUAGGGGUUUUUUUUACUACCGAAAAUUAUAAUAACGUACUAAGCAUUUAAUCUGACGACAACUCAGCCGCCCUCAAACAAACUAUGGCAAGUGCCAAGACCCGUUCAAUGUCGGUUGCAGAAAACUUAUACAAAGCCCGAAAUCUCCAAAUUCAAAAGAAAUGGUUACGAUUCAUUUUUGAAAACUUGAAAUUCUAUGCUCUACGGAGCUCAUUUUCUCGAUAACAAUUGUUUCGGUAGCGAAAACCCGAUGCGUAUAAAUUUUUUCCAAAAAAAACCUAUCAAUUUUUUAUUACCUACCCUCAAUUUUAAAUAUAAUAUAUGUUUCCCCACGAAAAUCCAAUCAAAUUCAUCAUUCGACAUCACAUAAAAUAUACAAUUUCAACCCGGGAAAAAUCCAUAUAUUCUACUCGUUUUUUGUGGUCCCCAGAGCGUAUUUAGUUAUUCAUUGGAGAUGGCACAAAAAAGUGUCGUUUUUCGCAAAAAAUGCCACUUUUUCGGCACAAAACACAGAAAAGAAAUUUAGACAAAAGUUUUCUAAAUACAGUUUUUUUCGAAAAAAAAACUAUUGUUUCUUUUUUUGGUUGUGAAUAAAUCACGAAGAGAAUUUCAUUGCCACGUCAUAGGGCCGAGAUAUCGAAUUAAAAAUUAGCAAGAAAAAAUUCCGAGAAAAAUCUCGCAAGAUGAAUUAUUCAUAUUAUGAAUAAUUUAUCUGAAAUUCUAAUUUGUGAUCGAUAAAAACUUUCAGACAAGGUACCUAACUUAAAAUAUCUUACAAUAAGUCUUGAAAGGCUUGAAAUAGUUUUGGAUAUGGGAUUAAGUUGAGAUUGUCUGGGCUCAAAAUUCGUCAAAUUUCAAGCACAUUUUAGUUUUCACUUUUCCACCACAGCUAAUCCUAACCCAACCUAAAAACAAUUGAAAAACUCCAUUUUUUUAGGAUCACAAUCAAAAACGAGUGAAACGUGUUGUUGGUUAUGUUGCAGUCGUAAUGACAAUUUUAUCAUUGGCUCUUGUCGCAUUUUCGUUGGCUCUUGGAAGAAAAAUCGAUUUAAUGGGUGAGUUUGAAAUUUGAGAAACAAAAAAGAGGAACUUCUGAUCCUGAUCCUAUAUUGAAUUUCAAAUCAAGUUUUUUUUUUGAAAUUCGAGAAUUCUGAGAAACCGGAAACUGAAAGAAGUUAUUUUCAGUGGAGCAAAAAGUCGAGGAACGAAUGGAAAAUUUUAACCAACAAAUGACAUAUCUCAAUUUAACGGAAACACGUCGAAAUAAUUCUUGA